AUGGCAGCUAGCAAGCGCACCAGGACUUCGUACACGACCGCUCCAUCCGUAAGCCGUGGCUCGACGUCCUACAGUGGUGGUACCCAACGAACCAUUACCAAACAGCUGUUCGGUACCUCCAAUCUUCUGAACAGGGCGAUCACUAGCACGACCACCCCAUACCACACGACUAAUGACUACGGGACGACAGACUCUCGGCCUCGCACGGGAUACCACAGUACAGCAAGACCGACCACUGGCCGACCAAGCACCGCACGUCCCCGUACUGGCGUAGCCACCUUGGGUGCCGAGAAUCAGGAAAUUGUCUGCGCUGUCAGUGAAUCUCGUGGGAUCUCGCCAACUGUGGGCCUGGCGUUUAUCAAUCUCGAUACCGGCGAAGCAGUUCUCAGCCAGGUCAGUGACAGCCAGACAUAUGUCCGAACGGUGCAUAAGCUCAUGGUCUUCAACCCGUCAAACAUCCUCAUCGUCUCUACGGCGUCCAAUCCAAAGUCGAAGCUCUUCUCCAUCAUCGAGGACAGCCUUGGUGAUAUCGGCAGUAAUCUGACCCUGUUGGACCGCCGUUACUGGGCUGAGACCACAGGUUUGGAGUAUUUACAGCAGCUUCCCUUCUCCGAGGAUGUGGAAGCAUUGAAGACUGCAGUCAGUGGCAACUACUAUGCAGUCUGCUGCCUAGCGGCAGUGCUCAAGUACGUCGAGCUCGCGUUGUCGAAAGUGUUCCCCUACCGCUCCCUUCGGAUUAAGUAUGAGCCGUCUGAAGGCUCGAUGAUGGUUGACCUGGCCACCAUUCAGUCUCUCGAGCUUGUUCAGAAUUCGCACAACGCGAAGUCGAGAGACUGCUUGUUCGGGCUACUCAACGAGACGCUGACGCCCAUGGGCAGCCGUCUGCUACGAAGCAACAUCUUACAGCCUCUCACAAACCCCGAGACGCUCAACGUCCGCUGGGAGGCGCUGGAAGAGCUCAGCACGAAGGAAGAGAUGUUCUUCGGCGUCCGCACAGCUCUCAAGCCAUUCCUUGACGUGGACAAGAUGUUGACACAGCUCAUCCUCGUGCCUCUUCAACCCAGCAUUAGCUACACCGAGCAAGCCACCAAUAAUGUGAUCAUGUUGAAGUCCUUUCUAAUGCUCAUCAAACCUGUCUUCGAGGGUCUUACUGGCGCGCGCUCUUCGAUGUUACUGGAGAUCCGCAGCAUGUGUGCAUCGGACACGGUGGACCUCAUCUUAGAGCUCAUCAACAAGUCGAUCAAUGAAGACACACAGCAUGCCAACCAGCCGCUCGAUCUUCGCAACCAGCGGACAUAUGCAGUCAAAUCUUGUGUCAAUGGACUUUUGGACGUGGCUCGCAUGACAUACAAGGAGGCCAUGACCGAUGCUCUGCAGCACAUUACUGAUCUAGCCGACGAGCACAAGCUGGCACUACAGACGAAAUUCGACAACACUCGUCAAUUCUAUAUAAAGCUUCGUGCCGAGGAGCUCGAGGACCGCAACUUGCCAGCAGUCUUCAUCAACGUCUUUCGCAAGAAAGACAUGAUCGAAUGUCAGACCCUCGAUCUCAUGAAGCGCAAUCAGAAGAUCGCGAAUGCUCACAGCGAAGUCUUGGUGAUGAGCAGUCAGACCGUCGAGCAGCUGAUCACAGAUAUCAGAGAGCACAUGUCAGCAUUGUUCAAGAUCUGCGAAGGCCUUGCUAUGCUCGAUAUGUUGGCCUCCUUCGCACAAGUCGUCACAAGCCAGGACUAUGUGCGCCCAGUGAUUAGCGAGACUCUCGCCGUCAGUGCAGGCCGCCAUCCCAUCCGUGAGAAGAUUCACAACACUAAAUACAUACCCAACGAUGUCUACGCUACACAGCAGACUCGCUUCCAGAUCAUCACCGGCUGCAAUAUGAGCGGCAAAAGCACCUACAUUCGCUCAGUCGCUCUGGUGACGGUCAUGGCGCAGAUCGGCAGCUUUGUGCCAGCUCAAUACGCUGCUUUCCCGAUCAUUCGCCAGCUCUUUGCGCGUGUCUCAAUGGACGACAAUAUUGAGGCCAACGUGUCCACGUUCGCUGCUGAGAUGCGUGAGACAGCUUUCAUUCUUCGCAAUGUCGACAAGCAGAGUAUGGUGAUCGUGGAUGAGCUUGGGCGCGGUACGAGUACUCGCGAUGGACUUGCUAUCGCACUAGCCAUUGCAGAGGCGUUGGUGGAGAGCAGAGCGCUAGUCUGGUUCGCUACGCACUUCCGGGACCUCGCAACGAUCAUGUCCGAGCGCAGCGGCGUCGUCAGCCUGCACCUAGCCGUCGAUACGACCCAAGAGGAUAAGAUGGAAAUGGCAUACCGCAUUGCUGCAGGCACAGUCCAGGAAGAACACUACGGCCUCAAGCUUGCAAGAGUCGUGCCCUUGCCAGCUGAUGUAAUACAGCAUGCAGAGCAUGUCGCCGCCACACUCGAAGAACAUAUGAGGCAACGCAAGAAGCGCUCGCUUGCGAUUGUGCAAGCUCGACGCCGUAAGCUGCUGCUGAAUUUGAAAGAGCACCUUGUCCAAGCCAAGAAUGGGACUAUGAGCAGCGACGAUCUCGGACAGUGGCUGAAGGGCCUGCAGAAGGAGUUCGUGAUCCGGAUGACUGCUUUGGACGAAGAAGCGCGCAAGGCCGAGCUUGGUCUGGAGGAUGACCAAGAACAAGACGAGGCGUGCAAGGAUGAGAUUGGGUCGGACGGCGGUGUUGUCGCUGUAGAGACGAGUGUCGAAACCGCUGAAAGGCAAGUCGAGCGUGCUAUCACGUCCUCAUCGCAGUUGGUGCAGAGCGGGAGUCUGCGGUAUGUGGAUGCAAUCGAAUCGGGGUUCUCGCGUGAAUCCUGUGAGAUGCUGAGCAUUCAUGGCUGA